AUGUAAAAUAAAAAUGGAAGAUCAAAUACAAAUGAUAUAAUCUAAAAUGAUAAUUUAGAGCAUCUUAUGCCUCAUAAAAGGAAUUUUUUAAGAAAAAAGAAAAACUACCAAUUGAAACUUUAACCUAAAUAAAUGAAAGAUUAAAUUUCGUCAUCAUAAUUAGAAGAAUAAUAAGAAAAAGAUUCUUUAAAAAAAUUUAAUGAUUUUGUUAAUCUAUCAAAAAUAAAACAACAAUCUAAAAAUAAAAUACCAUCUAAACUACCUGUAAUUUAGAAAGUAAGAUCGAAAUCUUCUCAAGUUCAAACCUAAAAUUAACCGAACUCAGAAUUUAUACCUGAAAUAAUGGGCAAUUUGGAAUAAGAAAAGAUAUGUAAAUUAAUAAAUUUAAACUAAUAGCUAUGAGACCAAUAUUUAAAUCUAUAAAUCAACUCUUAAGUAAACAUUCAUUAAAACCUAAUUAUCCAAAAUUUACUACAGAAUCUGAAAAUGAAAAUUUUUUUAAUAAUGAUAAAAGUAUUUUAAAGUAAUUAUUAUUCUUAUAAAGAUUGCCAGAGUUUUUAAAUUAGAAUAAAAAUCAUUUUUUAAACAUAGGAAAAUAUGUUUAAGAAAAAAUAGAAUAAAAGAGAACUGAUAAUUUUCUAUAAUAAUAUAAAAAUGCUGCUAAAUAUCAAAGUGAUGAAGGUAAAUUUCGUUAUAUCAUAAUUAGAAGAUAGUGGUUGCCUUCUCUCUAGCAAAGAAUUAUAAAAAAUAGAUGAGAUUAAAAAUAGAAGAAAAGUUAUUAUCAAAAUAGCUCAAAGAAAAUCUCCAAAGUUUCUCUAUCCUUUGGGACCAAAAAUAAGAGUUCCAAACUAUUCUUUAGAAAACCAAUAUUUUUAAGUUUAAUAAAAUUCAACCAACAGAGCUAAAGGAUUUCAACCUUCUCAUAAAUAUAAAAAUCAUUAUAGUUAGGAAGAUGAAAUUUCUAUUUAGAAGUUAGAUAGCCCUCCUAAAGAUAAGUUUUUUCCAACUUCCUCAAUGUAAGAGGACUAUCUAAAUAUUAAGAUUUAAUAACUAGUCAGAUCUUUACUAUGA